CCUCGGGUCUUGGUCUGGUGGGCCUGCAGUUACGGCUGGGUCCUGAGGGACGAAGGCGAGGGAACCCGGCCUUGACUAGGAAGGCUUCCCGGAGGUAGUGGCGGCGCAGGUGAAGGGUGGAGAGGCCUCCGAGACGGACCCGGCGCACCCGGAGAGCGCGGCGAGGUGAGGGCAGUGGCCUGAGGAGGAGCCGGCCUGCUGCCGCCCUGACAGACUGGCGUCCAGAAUGACGCUCUUCCAGACUGAACAGAAAUAAACAGGCAAUAGAACAGAAGGACCAGUACGUGAAAGUAGGUGAAAGAUGCCUGCAAAAGGAGAAGAGUGAGCAACACGAAACAGGACAGGAGGGCGGAGGAGAGGAAGGCGUGCGCGGUGGAGGCAGAAGCGCCGGUUAACAGACGUCCCGGGAAAGGGUGUUUAAUGGGGGAGUGGGGACAGAUUUUCCAGAGCUCAGAUCGAAGGGCCCACCCAGGGCCAGAGAGGCACUCACGUUGGCUUGUUGUGAAACUGAAUGUCAAAGACAGGAAUUCGUGAGACUGUCAGAGAAAAAGAAUAGGUUGCCUUCAAACGAACAAGAAUCAAAUUGGUAUCAGGUAUUUUUCGAGUCUGCAAAUACCUUUAUUAUUGCUUUCAGUUGACUGAAAAAAAAGCUGAUUUUUUUCCUUCCAACAACAAAAUAUACAGACAAAUCUGAACACAGUAAAAAAGAAUAAUAAAGGUAGAACAGAAAGUAGCCAAACAGUGAAAUGAACACACGACAGAGAAUGCCAUUAAAACCAAGAGUCUGUCGUUUUUAAAGGUGAAUAAAAUCGAUGACUCCCUUGUCAAGACUGCAGGGGAAAAGCUCAGAGGCACAGAUUCCAGCAUGAGUAUGAAAGGGGGCAUCAGGGAGGGUUCUAGGCGCUUUUUAAAAGAUGCUAUAGUGAUGCAAACCACUUCAGGCCAAAUAGUUUAUGAAGUAGAGGACGUUCUAGGAAAAGAUAAUUUACUAAAACUUCCACAAGAUGAAGUAGAAAGUCAGGAGAGUCUACUAGCUAUGGAAGAAGAAUUUAUCAUUUAAAAGCUUCCCACAAUAAAGGCUGUUAGCACAAACGGCAUUCCCAGCAGACACUUAAGGACGCUUGCUUGGCAAGGCGGUAACUGCCGUCUGAAACGGGGGGCAGGGGUGUCUCCCCGCUCUUGUGAAGCCGGCACCGCAGCCGUGAUCCCAGAAGGUGGCCAGGACAUCCCAGAAAGGAACGCUGUGGAACAGCCUCUUGCGCUGAACCCAGGUGCGAGGUCCUAAACAAAACCGCAGAUUAAAUCUGCAAAUGAGGCAUUUUAUGAAGGAUGCUACGUUGUGACCAGACUGAGUUUAUUCCAGGGGUGCAGGUUAGUUUUUUAACAUUAAAGGUUCAUAUAAUUGACCACAUUUUGAAAAAAGGGGAAGACUCGUGAUCAUCUCGGUAGAUGCAGAUAAAGCAUCUGAUGAAAUUCGACACCUGUUUAUGAUGAAAAAACUUAGGAAAAAUUAGGAAUAGGAGGGAAAUUCUAUAAGGCACGUCUCCAAAUAUUCCACAGCAAAAAAGCACAUUAAGUGUGGCUGUUUCUAGAGCAGCCCGCUUUUCUCCCCACCUUUUCCCACUGAAGUUGAACCUGAGCUGGCCUGGAACUCGGCCGUUAGACAGGGUUGGAAAUGGUGCUGAGCCGCGGCCAUGCCUGGUGUCGAAGGUCUGGCGAGCACCUCACCUGUCUGGAUGCUUAUUGCAAAAAACAGAAACUAACACAGGUUUGGGAGCACGUGGAGGAAUUGGGACCCUGGUGCAUCGCUGGUGGGAUGCAAAGUCCCGUGGCCAUCGUGGAAAUGGUGUGGUGGGUCCUCACGAGGUCUGCGGAGGGUCAGCACGUGGCCCAGCGGUUCUGCGUCCGAAUGUGCUGCUGGAGGAAGGGAAAACGGGGCCCACGGGGUCUGCACACCCAGGCUUGGGGCAGUGGCCUCAGCACAGCUGAAGGUGGGGGCAGCCCGGGCUCCUCGAAGGGUGAGUGGAUAGACUCCUGUGUACACGUGGGAUAUGUUUACACUCACGUAUGUGUACGUGUGAGUGUGACUCAGCUGUAGACAGGAAUGCGGUGCUGACACCUGCUACCAGCAGAUGGACCUCAGAAAGGCUGUACAGAGUGGAAGACGCCAGACUGCAAAGGCCACACGUCUGGUUCCACUUCUGUGAGGCACGUGAUGUGGCCUCAGCCACGGUGGCCUGGGGGCUGGGAGUUCGAGUUGCCAGAGGCUGUUCUGAUGCAGGAGUGGUCGGAGCCCGAUGGGCAGGUUUGGGGCCUGUGGCUGGGAGAGAAAGGGACAGAGAAAGCGGGCUCUCUCUCCUUUCCCAGCCCGCUCCCCCACCUCGCUGGGGAGGGUGCUCUUUCUCUACAUCACGUUGGGGCUUUAGUUGUCUCAUAGUCCUGGACACUUACAGUGACUGAGAUGGCACCGGGUUUGUGUCUCAACGUGACCGCAGAGCUUUGAAAUCUCUGUGUUUGAGCCCAGAUGUGGUGGAGCUGUCCAAACGUGUCCGUAGGGUCAGAGAAGGAGCUUCCUCCACUGAAUACAUUGUAACUAGUCGGCAGAGGUAAGGAAACAGCGGGAGUCUCCUCCUGGCGUCCUCGUUCCGUGUCCCGCUUACGCAUGCCUUUUAAACCAGCACAAUAAACUGAUUCCAGCGAUGCACCUGGGUGGCUCGCUCACGUCUCACCCAGCCGGCGCUGGGGGCACGCGGCGCUCCGAUGGGCCCGUCGUGGCUCAGGCACGUGCAGCUCCUCCUCACGGAGCUGGUGGCUGGCUCUUUCUCUCCAAACUGUUUUCUGCCUGGUACAAGGCCACCACUGUCACGUGCAACAUCCCUGUAAACGUGUGGCUUUGGUUCUUUGUUCCGAUCGCUCAGCGUUUGUUCCUUCAGCUGCCGGAUUCACGUGUCUGGAUGCUUUUAUCCUUGUGACGUGUUUUCGGUUUGGCCUUGCUCAGUAUUGCGUGCUUCCUCCCGCCCCAGUGCCCCAGCCACUAAGACACAGCAGGCUUGCCGGGUGGAUGUGAACAGUCCCUGUCUCAGGCUGGAGGCUGGACGUCCAAGAUCAAGGCAGGAGUCCUGCCUGAGGAGGACCCGCAUCCUGGCUUGUGGAUGGCGCCUCCUUGCAGUGUCCUCACGUGGGGAAGGGGCCAGGGGCUCUCUGGGUCCCUCCUAAAAGGGCACCAAUCCCGUCCCGGGGGCCCCACCCUCAUGACCUCAUUGCCCCAGAGCCCCGUCUCCUGACACCUUCACGCUGGGGGUUAGGAUUUAAGGUGCAAAUCUGGGGGACGCAAAUACGCAGCCUGUUCCUGGAGCUAUCUCCUGACACUGGGCACCAGCGCAGGCGUGAGGUGGGCCUGUCUCCCUCGAGCCCUGAGCAGCAGUUACCAGUCUCUGCAGACGAUGCACUGCAAGCUCGGGGACUUCCACUCACCAGUUAUCAGAGUGUGGGUCAGGAGUCCAGGCGUGUCCACUGGGCGGUGGCCUCCAGGCCAGGGCUGGGGCCUCCUCUGCGAGCCUCCUCUGGGGUCCUCUGCCUGGGGGCUGCCCACCACUCCCACAAAACCCCACCGGGAAGCGACGCUUAAGUCAGAUUUAUCGACUUGUGUGGCAAAAUCUGUGUGAGCGCUCACAUCCAGGCCUAAAAGCUGCAGAGUAGAGGGCGCUGCUGCUGUGCCUCCUCUGUCUCUCGGGGACCGACGUUUCCUCGUCCCAGCUCCCACUCUCCCUCCCCCUGGGUCUCUGUCUUCCAUCCCCCGGGGAGGAAUUAGCUGACUUCCCGAGGAGUGGGCGUGGCUGGAGGAACAGUGAUUAGUGCACUGCAAGCUCGGCUCCCAGCCCCCUGUCCCCCAGAUCCUCAUCUGUACGCUGGGGCUGAGAGUUAAUUCACCUUGAUUGAGGUUCGGUGGCCCCUCCAGGUAGGGUUCCUGGCUCAGAGUCCUCCCAGAGUGAGUCCUCCCUGAGUAUCCAGCACUUACCCUCUGGCCCCUCUGCAGGUGGCCCCAGCCCCGCGCUCACACCGGGGGUCGGCCUGCAAGGCCAGGAGGUGGACGGCCAGCAGAUGUUGGUCUGUCUCCUUGCCCUGCAGGGUGGACAACAGAGACACUGCCUGUGCCUGCCUGGGGCUCCCCGCAAAGCAAACAGCCUCUGCAGGUCACGCAGGAGCACUUGGGACAGGGCUGCAGUGUGCAGGGAGCCCCGGGCGGGGCGGCACCUGCAGAGGCCCAGCCUCAUCGGCAGGUGAGGGAGCCCCAGGGAGGGUUCCCCACGGAAGUCACGUCCAGGCUGUCUUUGCAGGUGAGCUGGUGUUGGCAGAGCCAGGAAUUUGGGGCGGGCGAUGGUUGGAAAAUAAUGUGGCUUUGAAGUUGUUUUUUUCAAGACUUGAUCACUCGGGCUUCAGGGGAGUAGUAGCGUGGGGAUGGGCCCCCUCCCUGUGGUGGGGGGGCACGCAGACCAGCGCGACUUGCUGGGACUUUCGAAUGAUGUGAUCAUCUUCCUAGGAAGAUGUGGCUGUUUGGACACCUUGUGAGACCAGAUUUGUCUCUGUCCAGUGGGGUGGUGACCUCAGCCUAGCUGUGCCCCACCCGUGGUCCACACGGUUUCUGACCCUGCCCCGGGAGGGAUGUCCCUGCGACCACCACAGAUCAUUUUUGGGGGCUGUCUGGAGGGACGGGGGGUCAUGUACUUCAGGGUGGGUCCACAUGGAUACUUCUCAGUCACAGAAACCACGGCGUAGCCAACACGGACAUUUCCUAGUUCACACAGCUGGGAGGCCCAGGGGGCAGAGCUGAGCAAUAGCCAAAGGUUUCAAUUGCUUGUGGGUUGAAGUUUCGAUUCUGUUGAGACUGGACUUCAGUUCCCCAAAGUGACUCUUUCAGUGACUGGGGCAGGUGCCAGUGUACCUGAGGUGUGGGCGAGGCCAGGCACACGUUGAGGGAGAGGGAUGGGGAGCAGAAAGGGGCUCUGAGUGUGACCACCUGCGUGCGUCUGUGACUUUCCCUUCAGCUGCCAGGAGGGAGCUGGCCCGCAUCAGCCCUGCUGGGGAGCUUGCCUGGCAAGGCUGCCCCCACGGUGGUGUGCCUGUGUGGGUGUGGGAGCAGGGACAGGUGAGCCUGGACAGCAGAGCAGAGGCCUUCCCCUUCAAGGCCUGGGUCCCUCCCCCUCUCCUGGGAUUCAGACCACUAGGGAAGGGGUGGGGACCCCCAGCUGCCUGAGAUGCAGUUUCCUCCUCCACCCGGCAGGAUGAAGGCAACAGCGAAUGAGGGCUUCCCUUUGCUGCAGGCCCGGCCUUGUGGGUUAGGACAUCACCAAGGGCCUCUGCUGGCCUCAGUGACCUCCUGGAUGCCCAUGGGUGGUGGCAAGAAUUUAGGAUGACCCUGCGACUUCCCCCGGGGCAUCUGGGUGAAGCUGGUGCCCUUAAACCAAGAAAAGGAAAUCAGCUAACCUCUCCCGAGGGUGGCCUGGGCCUGCCUACCACCCCUGCAGGCCCUGAGCUGAAGACAGACCCUGGAGGACAGGCUGGUGCCUUGCACGUGUGUACAUGGGACAUCCCAGGUGCAGUCCCGCUGACCAUGGCCUCGCCGUCGCCUUACCCGCUGGAGGAGGACGAGGCUCUGCGAGGCUGCGAGCUCUACGUCCAGAAGCACAGCGUCCAGCAGGUGCUCAGGGACUGCAUCGUGCACCUCUGCGUCUCCAAGCCCGACCGCCCCAUGAAGUUCCUCCGGGAACACUUCGAGAAGCUGGAGAAGGAGGAAACCAGACAGCUUCUGGCUCAGCAGAAGUCGGCUUCCCAGUCAGACUUGCACGAUGAGGAGGUCUCUCCGUCGCUGCCAAACCCCGUGGUGAAGGCCCGCCACCGCCGUGGGGGCGUGAGCGCCGAGGUGUACACGGAGGAGGACGCCGUGUCCUACGUGAGGAAGGUCAUCCCCAAGGACUACAAGACCAUGACGGCGCUGGCCAAAGCCAUCUCCAAGAACGUGCUGUUUGCUCACCUGGACGACAGCGAGAGAAGCGACAUAUUCGAUGCCAUGUUCCCUGUCACCCACAUUGCCGGGGAGACCGUCAUACAGCAAGGGGACGAAGGGGACAACUUCUAUGUAAUUGACCAAGGAGAGGUGGAUGUGUAUGUGAAUGGAGAGUGGGUGACCAGCAUCAGUGAAGGUGGCAGCUUCGGGGAGCUUGCCCUGAUCUACGGCACCCCCAGGGCAGCGACUGUGAAGGCCAAGACCGACCUCAAGGUCUGGGGCAUCGACCGGGACAGCUACCGGCGCAUCCUCAUGGGCAGCACACUGAGGAAGCGCAGGAUGUACGAGGAAUUCCUCAGCAAGGUCUCCAUCCUGGAGUCCCUGGAGAAGUGGGAGCGCCUGACCGUGGCCGACGCCCUGGAACCCGCGCAGUUUGAAGACGGAGAGAGGAUUGUGGUCCAGGGGGAGCCUGGGGACGACUUCUUCAUCAUCACGGAGGGCACAGCCUCAGUCCUCCAGCGCCGGUCCCCACAGGAGGAGUACGUGGAGGUGGGGCGCCUCGGGCCCUCUGACUACUUUGGGGAGAUCGCGCUGCUGCUGAACCGGGCCCGGGCGGCAACCGUGGUGGCGCGGGGCCUGAAGUGCGUGAAGCUGGGGCCCCGCUUUGAGCGCGUGCUGGGCCCCUGCUCCGAGAUCCUCAAGAGGAACAUCCAGCGUUACAACAGCUUCAUCUCCCUCACCGUCUGAGCCCGCUUGCCCACCCGCGCGCCCAGCACUGCGCCUGGCUACCCCGCCUCCAGCUCACUUCGGAUAAAGAUCACCUUGUGCCCUGGAAGGCCAGGCCAGGAGGUGCAGCCACCCUCCCCUGUGCCCCCCCUCCAUCUGCCACAGGCUUGUCCUGGGGGACCCACCCUGCUCCCCAGGUCCUCGGGAGACGCAGGGGGAUGCCCACCCCCCGGGGACCGGCUGUGCGGUCCAGUCGGGCCAGGAACUGCUCAGUGCCCGGGCUUGGGGACGUGAGGCCGCCUGUUCUGCAGCCGAGUGCGGGACGAUGACAUCCCAGGGGGACCCCGCAGGCACCCUUGAGAAGUUUGGGUGAGAAGUUGAGGCUAGAAAGAGAGGAUCCAGGCCCCUCCCUCAAACACUUGCCCCCCAGAGGGUCCUCCCAAGACGCCAGGGUUGGGGGAAGCCAGUCCCGGCCUCAGAGGAAGGUGGCUCCAGGCUCCCAUGGAACGUUUCGGGGAGUGGGCUCGGUCCUCACCUUUCCUGGAGAGCUGGGAGCUCUGACCCUUACACCCGAGUCAGGACAGAGACGCCCAGGGAGGGAGGGAAACCCCAUGAGAGUUCGGGACUUUCCGGGGUGCAGUGAGACCUGUUCUCUCCAAGUGGGGGUGUCCCCAGACAGCACUGCCAUCCCCUUCUUUGUACAGCGGCUUCUUGGAGGCCCUGGGAGGAAGUGGAGAGAUUUGCUAAAACAUAUCCUGGAUAGAGUGGUCAGAACCAGGGCCCUGGGAGUCGCUUUUCAGCAGAUACACCUCCUGCUGAACAGGGUGAGUCCAGCUGCCCUGGGCCCCACACGGCUAUGUCGUCAACCGACUGAAUGCCCCUUGACAGCAUCUUCCGUCCCACCCUAACGUGAGCUGGAGAGGCCUGGGGUCGGUGCCUCGUGAGACUUCCGGGGACCUGACGUGCGAAGGAAAUGGCGCCUCUAGCCGCCCGUACACAUCCAGAGAGGCUGCCGGUUUGCGGUGCCCCUGGCCAGCCUGCCUUCACCCAUGAUGCUUCUGUGACUUGUCAGCCCCGCCCCGUUUAUCACAAUGUUCUGAACGCUGCAUGUACUAUUAAACGUGCAAUGAGCGAA